AUGUCCUCCGAAGAAAUCCUCCCCGGCGACAUCGUUGCCGUCCAGCACGGUGCCUACGGACGGAAAGAAGGCCUCGUCAUCGGUUCCCACGUCGACUAUGCAGGUCGACAAAUAGUCGAAGUACAAUUCGAACCCGGCGAGGUGUACAACGCAUGGUACCCCACCGUCACUCGCGUCAAGCGCACCGUCUACACUCGCCCCAAACAACGCACUAUCGAGCGUCACAUCUACUGGUGACCUACCCUCCACGAUCGCGGUGACCCCAUUGCGCAGCGUGGGCUUUGGAUUUUAUUACCGUCGAUCUGAUCAUAUCACGCCUAUACGCCCUGUACAGCUCGUGCGUUACACUAUCGUCGCUCCAUGGCGGGUGACUGUGCUCCAUUCUUCAUGUUUGUGUGUAGCUCGUUGCGGAGGAGGGCAGAGUAGAUGUCAAACCAGCGCCCUGAGUGUACACGUAGAUGGCAUGGGGUUAUUGUCUGUACUUAUACGCCUCUGGGGACUCCGGCUGCCAGGACUUCUUUAUUAUUACCUGCUUGCAGAAUGGAACCGCUCUCUUUCGUAUCGG